UCACGGCCCCCGGCCCCGGAGCGGCCCCCGACGGCAGAAGGAUGCUCCCCGCGGCCCCGUGCCCCCGUCCCACGAGUGUCCCGCGGUGCCUUUCGCAGAAGCAGCCCCGGUGCCCCGUGCCCAGCCGGGGCUGGCAGCCCACCGGUCCCAGCGCGGCUGCCAGGACUCGCCCCCCCCGGCUGGCUCCCCCCCCGCCACCGAGCCCAUUGACAACCCGGACGCGGAGCUGGCGGCGCUGGGCGGCCGAGGGAGCGAGCGCUUGGCAGGGCAGGAUGGUGCCCGGACACCCCAACGGGGACAUGUGAGACCUCAGAACGUCCCUGUGCUGCUCAAGACCCCCAAAGGCCACGGGGCUGCCCCCUGAGCAUCACCCUGGCUUGCUGACCCUUGCACCCACAGGGUGCCAAGGGCACCAUGCUGCCCGCACCGCUCCCUGGCAUCGCUGGGGCAGGCGGCUGGGUGCUGGGGACACCCGCACGGGGUGCGAACACCCAGACCCGGUGGUCCCCACCACACAACCGCCUGGCCGAGGCAGCAGAGCCCGGUGGGGGCACGUCGCUGGCCCGCAGGCAGGGCUCCCGCCUGGCACUGGACCAGGGCCCAGCUGGCCGAGGGUGCUGGCUGGGGCCCAGCGCCGCAGGGGCUGCCCCCGCUCAGCUGUUGCUGUCUGUGACGCUCCCCAUGACAGUCCCGCUCGGCUCAGCCUCGCCGCCGGCACCCAGUGUCUGCGGUCCCCACGCAUGGACCUGUGCCAUGUCCCCGCUGUCCGAGAGAAGGGCUGGUACCUGGCGCUGAUGGCCCCCAACGUCAAGGGUCCCAACUACGCCUGGCUGGACCCCUCCCGGCUCUACUGCCACCCGCAAGGUUUGCAGGACUGCAUGGCCGACCUGCUGCAGCCCUUCCAGGGAGACCCCGUCGACAUGGUGGCUGGUAUCGACGCCAUGGGCUUCAUCCUGGGCGCUGCCGCUGCUGCCGUUCUACAGAAAGGCUUCCUGGCCAUCCGCAAAGCUGGGCACCUCUGUGUGCAGACGCUGGCGCAGCCCUACACGGACUACUCGGGCCGGGAGAAGGUGAUGGAGGUCCGCACUGAUGCCAUUUUGCCGGGUCUGCGCAUCCUCCUCGUGGACCAGUGGGUUGAAACCGGGGGCACCAUGCGAGCGGCCAUCCAGCUGGUGGAGCGGCUGGGGGGGGUCGUGGCAGGUGUCGCUGCCAUCUGCAUCGAGGACAGCGAGGGUGGGCGGUGGAUCCGGGAGCGCUACAAGUGCUCCCACUGCGUCCCCCCCAGCCUGCAGCCCCGCUUUGACCGCCACCAGUUCGGCUGCGACUGACAGGGGGUUGGCACCCCACGUGUCACCCCCACGUCCCCCCCACAGGGUGCAGGGCUGCCAGCUCUUCGAGGCAGGGAUGCCCAGGGCAUCCACUAC